CAUACAACCAAUUCUUUUCUGUCUCAAAAACAAUCUUUCUCCCAACUCUGCAUAUCCAGGAAGAAGAACGUCUGCUUCCAAUGCAAACCUCGUAGCCUUUUCUUCUCAUCAUCAUCUCCCUCCUUUACGGUGGCCGGAUUGCCACAGCCGGCCGGUGAUCGAGUCAUAGCUAUAACGAGAUCGAAAUGGAGACAACGUCGAUAAACGAAGUGCCAAUCAAUACAACGACAGGGCUACCAUUCAAGAACAUCGUCAACCUCACCGGAGCUUGCUACGAGCAUGUCACGGUUUACACCCCUGGAAUAUGGAACAGUGAAUAUGGAGAAUCCAUUCUUGAACAUGCUUUCUAUCGUUUCAGCGUUCAAUUGCUUCUCAUGUUCUUCCUCUCCCAUUCCAUGCACUUCUUCCUCAAAUACUUGCACAUGCCCCGAAUCACCUCCGAAAUCAUGACAGGCAUACUUCUCGGACCAUCUGGGUUCGAGAAGUGGUUCCCAAACGAGGCCAAGCUGGUCUUCCCAGCCUCCCCCAACCAAAUCAUGGCAGCACUCUCCAAAAUCGGCUACGUCUUCUUCGCAUUCCUUGCGGGAGUAAAAAUGGACCCAUCUUUGGUCCAACAAUCCGGCAAGAAAUCCGUCUUUAUGGGGAUCCUAAUCUUCAUCUUCCCCUUCACAAUGGUUCACACCAUCACCAUGAGCUUCCGGCCCGAGUUCCGGCCCUCGAACCAGCUCUCGAUCGGGAUCUACAAAGGCGUUGGGAUCGUGCUCGGCGCCAUCACCACGAGCCAGUUCGUGGGCGUGAGCCACCUCCUAAACCAGCUGCGGAUCACCAACUCGCAGCUGGGCCACUUGGCGCUGGCCAGCACGCUGGUCAGCGAGCUGCUCCGGUUCGCCUACUCAAGCAUGCUGGGCUACAUGGAGGCCAUGCUCUUCAUAGCCCGGCGGGCCGGGGUCCAGGCCAUAAUUUUCUCCAUGAUGCUGGUGGCCUUCAUAGUCGUGGUCCUGAGGGGCCUGGUUUUGUGGUCCAUUAGGAACACACCGCAGGACCGGCCCAUGAAGGAGAUCUACAUAACGUUUGUGGUGGGCAUGAUUCUGACGUUGGCUUCGGUUGGGGAUACGGUGGGCAUGUACUAUCUGUUUGGGCCUUUCUUAUUGGGCCUGGUGAUUCCGGCUGGGUCACCGCUGGCGACGAGCCUGAUAGCGAAAGUUGAGACGCCGGCGGCGGGGAUCUUUGCGCCGAUCAUGGUCAUGUUCUGCUCCACGUCGCUGGAUUUGGUGAAAUUCUUGAGGAACUAUGCCAAGGUGCUGCCGUUUAGGAUAUCGUUGAUUGGGUAUUUCUUGAAGCUGGGUUUCACGUUCGUUGUGGCGCUUGGGUUUGAGCUGCCGGUUAGGGAUGCUGCGGCUUAUACACUCAUCGUCAAUGCUAAGGGUAUCCUUGAAAUUGGCGUGCUUCUCAGCUUUGGCAACCUUGGGAGCAGGCAACUGGAGAGUACCUCCGCCAUUUUCCUGAUAUUCAUCCUCGCAAGCAUCGCCCCACCAAUAAUCAGGCUCCUCUACGACCCUUCCAAGCAGUACAUUGGUUACAAGAGAAAGUGCCUCCAAUACGCACCGGAUAACGCUCCGCUCCACAUCCUAGCCUGCGCCCACAGGCAAGACGACGCCGUAGCGGUCAUCAAAUUCCUCGAGUUCUCCAACCCAACAAGACAAAGCCCACUCACCGUCUACGGGCUCUGCCUGGAGGAGCUCAUCAGCAGCUUCACCCCGCUCCUCGUCAACCACCAGCUGGGCCAGAAAAAGUCCACAACAAAAGCCCGGCCCAGAUCCCACAACAUCCUCGACGUCUUCAACUACUUCGAGUCCCAGUUCGGGAGCAACAAGCUGGCCACGGUCCACACAUUCACCGCCAUCUCCUACUUGAAGCAGAUGCACGAGGACAUCUGCUCCCUCGCCUUCCACAAGGCCGCUUCCCUAAUCGUGCUCCCGUUCCACAACAAGUGGAACGGGAGGGGCCACAUGGUCUGCGGCAGCGAGGACCUGAGGCACCUCAACCUCAACGUUCUGGAUAGAGCCCCCUGCUCCGUGGCCAUCCUGGUGGACCGCAGGAUGGCCAUGGGGCUCUCGUCCAUGUUCGUGACGUCCGCGGUGUACCGCGUCACGGUCCUGUUCGUCGGUGGGUCCGACGACAGGGAGGCCCUGGCCCUGGCCAUGAGGAUGGCCGGGAGCCCCAGGGUGCACCUGACCGUGGUGCAGUUCAUUGUGGACGUCCAGGACGAGACGGUCGUGGAUCGGUGGGAGGCGAUGCUCGAUGCCGAGGCUCUGAGGGUUGUGAAGCUCGAGAUGCCGACGAAUUCGAACGUAAAGUUGGUGGAGGAGCGCGUUAGGGACGGUUCCGACACCUCGGGUAUCGUGAGGGAGAUGGGAGAUAACGUUGACCUAGUGGUAGUGGGGAGACGACACGACACGGGGUGUCAAGCCCUGUCAGGGCUCGCUCAGUGGAUGGAGGUGCCUGAACUUGGACCGUUGGGGGACGUGUUGGCGUCUCAGGAUUUUACGGCGGCUACAUCGGUGCUUGUGAUCCAGCAACAAAUUAUGAAAGCCAGUCAUAGUAGCAUUUUGAACUAACUUAAUGUUGUGACUUUUAGAUGAUCAUAAUCAAGAACAAAUCAGUUUGUAACCGCUACUUAGUCAUGCUAUUAUCUAAACGUUGCAAGUCCUUUGGAGGAAUGUUUUGUAAAUCGAAUAGGUCCAGAUUUUGUAUACUUCACACAAAUUAACUAAUGAGACCCUGUUGGAAUAGUCAGUAUAUAAAAUUUGUUUAGGUAGACUUUCUAGAUGGGAAUAUCUUCAUUGUUACCAUUACAUACCAUUCAAGAUGGGGAUGAUGUACAUCAUCCAAACUUCAUCAAUACUGCAUUUUUUUCGAAGCUCCCAUAUGAAGAACAAAAACAAGAUUUUAGAGUAGAGUUUAGGAAUGAUAAUGGCUUGACUCAUAAUUGUGAAAGUUAACCCAAUUGUCAUAUGACUCAUGUUGUAAUGGUUUGCACCCACACGGAACCAUAUAUACUUCUUAUGCUUUUGGGUUGAGUUGGAAUUGGAAUUGGCUCCAAUUUGGAUCAAGUCAUUUGCCGUAUCAAAAUUGUUCUAUUUGAGUUCAGAUGAUGAUAAAAAAAGAACAAUCUCAAU